GGAAGCUGUUGUCAGUCAUUGCUCCUUCACGGACCUCUUCAGUUACUGUCGCUGCACCGGCGGAAUCUGCACAUUAAACCCUGUUUAUGUGACUCACCAGGACACAGUAUCCUCUCCCCGGGCAACUGAACUUGAAGCCUGCACAACAUUAUCGCAGUGUGUGUGUGUGUGUGUGUGUGAGCAUCAUGUGGAGGAAAGCUUCAGCAGUGGCCCUGCUGUCGUUGGCUGUCGGGUAUUUCUACUACGGCGGCCCGGAGCUGCCGGACCAGAUCCUGCAGUACAUAAGCCUGCCGAACGUCCAGACAUCCCCGGAGAGCCAGAAGAGCCUGGAGCAGGUGAUCUCUGCCGCCUGGGAGACUCUGAUCACUCUGCCCACCCGGCAGUGGCGCAAAGUGGCCGUAGGGGUGAAUGCCUGUGUGGAUGUGGUGGUCUCAGGCGUGGGGCUGUUGCAGGCUCUGGCUGUGGAUCCUGGCUCCGGCCUGAACCACGAGGUGUUGCACUCCAAAGAGGACCUGAAAGAAGCUUUUAUCCAUUACAUGGAGCGCGGAGCUGCAGCCGAGCGCUUCUUCAGCGACAGCGAGGUGUUUCAGAGGAUCGCACGAGCAGCAGCAGAGUACCCCGGAGCCAAGUUGUAUGUGGGAGGGAACGCUGCCCUCAUUGGUCAGAAGCUCGCCUCCUACCCUGAUCUCCUGGUUUUGUUAUGUGGGCCGAUCGGUCCUAAACUUCACGAGAUGCUGGACGAGCAGAUAGUCGUUCCCCCGGGCUCUCUGCAGGAGACAGAUGAAUAUCACCUCAUCCUGGAGUAUAAAGCAGGUGAACAGUGGGGUUCAACUCGGGCACCUCAAGCUAACCGCUUCAUCUUCUCUCACGAUGUGUCCAACGGGGAGAUGAGCUCCCUGGAGACGUUCGUGGCGAGUCUGGACGAUUUUGAGCCGGAGCUGGUGGUGCUGUCGGGUCUGCACAUGAUGGAGGGGCAGGGCCGGGAGCUGUGGGAGGAGAGACUCAAGGAGGCUGUGUCCGCCAUAUCUGAGAUUCGCAGAGAUAUUCCCAUCCACCUGGAGCUGGCCAGCAUGACGGACAAAGACUACAUGAACAGCAUCAUGCAGGAGCAGGUUAUGCCCAUUGUCAGCUCCAUCGGGCUGAACGAGCAGGAGCUGCUCUUCCUCUCUCAGGCCGGAGAGGGGCCUCAUGCAGACAUGGUAGCCUGGAAAGGUAUCCCAGAUGUGGGCCGGGUCAGCGACAUCCUGCUGUGGAUCCUGGAGCAGCACGGCCGCAGCGAGCCAUCCUCCGAAGCGGACCUGACUCGCAUUCACUUCCACACGCUGGCCUACCACAUCAUGGCCACCGUAGAUGGAUACUGGGGGAACCAGGCGGCUGCGGUGAUGGCUGGAGCGCGGGUUGCCAGUAGUCAAGCCUGUGGCCUCCAGGCUGUGGACCCCAGCAAGGUGGAGCUGAAAGCCCCGCUGGAGUUUUACAGCUCACACACUGAGCCCCGAGAGCAGCUGUCCCUGAACCCAGCGCAGCCGGUCACGGUGUGGCAGAGGGGAAACGUCACCUUCCACCUGACCGCCGUGCUGGUGUGCAGGCAGCCUCUGAGGACAGUCGGGCUCGGGGAUGCCAUCUCAGCAGAGGGACUUGUUUACUCCGAGUUAGAGACCCAGCAGCCCUUCUGAGGUUUGCUUCAGUCUGACACUCCUUUAAUCUGGAAGUCUGAGAAUGUUAGGUCGGAGUUUCUCGGGUUGUUCAGGCUUCUGUCUCCUGAACCAGUGUCUUCCUGUCCGGAGCUCAACUGAGUUUAGGAUGUGAUCGAUGGUGAUAGAUUGAAAUCCUGCCUGAUGAGUCCUCCAGCCAGCUCUCCUCGGUUCCUCCUCAUCGAAUCCUCCUGCAGACACAGAAACUGAGAAGUGUCACAGACGUGUCUCGGCCUGCGAGGCGACCUGACUCUAUGCACCGGCCAUGUUCACAAACUCCAAAGAGUUCUGUUGGCUCACCUAAUUUACUCUGACCUGCAUAUCUUAGGUAUGCUGUGCCUUUAGAAAAUAAGAGUUUAAGAAGUUAUAAUAAUACCUUAUUCAUAUUCCAGAGCCACUUAGCAUCACAUCCGCUGCCCUUCUGAGAUAAACAUAUGACAUCACACACAUAUAAACAAUUAUGUUUGACUGGAAACUGAUGAGCGUCUUACUAUAUCUGGGAGGAAAUCUUGAUGUUCUGUGUUUCUUCAACUCAAUGGGUGACUUAUUUACGUGUAAUAAUGUUUAAAAUGUUUAGACAUACUUGACAUUUUUGUUAUUUGUCACUAAAAGAUAAAUACUAGUUGUUUAAGAUGUUAAAGGUUCUAAAUUAUUUAUAGUAACAGUUAUUAUGAUCUCUGUUGCUUAAACACUCCUGAUUCAUUAUCUGUAUACAUUUUAUGAUCAAUAAUGAGAUUCUACACUUAGAAAUGAUAUUGUGGUUUAUGAAGGGGAUCCUUCUUUAUGCAGUAAAGCUGAGUUUACAAUCGGAUGCAUCGGAUGGUAAAACUAAACGGUUCUGAUGGCGAUAAAACGCAGAUAAAGGUGACAUUAAAUUCCAAAAUGAGCUGUACACCAUAUGUUAUCCUGGUUACUGUACUUCUUUGUUUAAUGUUUACUGUGUUUUUUAUACACGGUUCUUAUUUUCAGUUGUUACCUUCUCUCACUUAUAAAAUGUGAUUAUGUAACACAAUUGGCUGGGACAUCUUAGAGGCUGACCUAUUACAUGAGCUUCUAGCCUUCGGUACAUUAUGCUGUUUCUUGGGUUGCUGUUUUUUUAACUUACUUGGGAGCGCCUGCUAAAUGUUAGUAUACAUUGCAUAGCGGUAAGAACAAUGUUCUUGUAUACCUCACAUGGCCGCUGAAGGCAUGCAAUAAUGGAGUCUUAAUGCAAAUGUACAGCGACAAGAAGAAGAAUGGCAUUUUGUGGAACAGAGAUGAUUAUUUGCACUAGUACGAAGGGGCAGGUGUGCCUGCAGAGGUGAAUGUAACCUUUACUCUGAAUCCCCCAACCCCUCUUUUAUUUCUAGCAAGUACAAUCUAUCCAUCUUAACUCAUUUCAUAAUUUGUGUCUCGUGUUUUUAACAAUUGUAACCGUCAAGUUUCAUUUUCAUGUAGUUUGUCAUUAAAAUAUAUAUGGAGAGUAA